UUUAUAAAAUAUAUCUUUUGGCUACAUUUGGCCAAUGCUAUUACUUUGUCCCAUAGUGAAAAUCUAGAAAAGAGAUUGUGUUCCCAAAUCAGCUGUUUCGUCGUCUUGCUUGCCGCUGUGUCAAAAUGAGCCAGUCUGCGCUCUUCCAUAUGUUAGUGAUAGUGAUAACUCUGUCGUAGCAAAGACCUGCACGCAAUAUACACCCAUAAUUAACGAGUGUCCGUUUGUUAAAACGAAUCUCAAAUAUAGCUUUUUAUUGUAUUAUUAUAAAAAUGACAGGGCAGCCGAAACGCUACUGUGUGAUAGGAGCUGGAAGUUCUGGUAUAUGUUCGGCUAAAACGAUUCUGGAUGCUGGUGGCAACGUAACGAUAUAUGAACGAACGGAUCAAAUCGGUGGCACCUGGGUGUACACAGAUGAAGUGGGCAACGAUCGCUAUGGUUUACCAGUACAUACCAGUAUGUACGAAGGGCUGAAGACAAACCUUCCGAAAGAAAUUAUGGGCUUUCCAGGCUAUGAGAUGCCGGCACAGCCCGCCUCAUACGUGCCCUGGCACGAGGUGCUACAAUUCAUUCGAGAUUAUUCCGCGCAUUACGAUGUUACCAGAAGGAUCGCGUUUGAACAUUUGGUCGAAGAGGUGAGACCUGCUUCGGAUGGAACCGACGGAUGGAGUGUCACCGUGCGACAGCUGACUAGUGGAUUGAGAACAACUGAAAGGUUUGAUUUCGUGCUGGUAUGCAAUGGACACUACCAUACACCUGCCAUUCCGACGUACCCCGGGGGUGAAUGUUUCCUUGGCAAGCAACUACACAGUCAUGACUAUCGCAAAUCAGACAUUUUCAGAGAUCAGCUCGUACUUGUGAUCGGUGCUGGGCCAAGUGGAACAGAUCUAACGCUUGAAGCAGCGAAGAUGGCAAAAACCGUAUACUUUAGCCACCACGUACCGGAAAAACUGAAGCAACUAACUUUUCCUCCCAACGUGCUACAAGUACCGGAUGUGCUACGGAUCUUGCCAGAGUGUGUGGAAUUCGUGGAUGGAUCUCAACAUCCCGUAUCGGUCAUCUUCUACUGUACAGGCUACCGAUACAGCUUUCCCUUCCUGCAUCCUGACUGUGGCGUGCAGGUGGACGAUAAUUGGGUGCGACCGCUCUACAAACACGUUUUAAACAUAAAUCAUCCCACGAUGGCUUUCAUUGGCUUACCUUUUUACGUCUGUGCCACGCUCAUGUUCGAGCUGCAAGCAAGAUUCUGUGUUACGUUUUACGGUGGCCGUCUGCCUAUGCCGGACAGGGCCGAAAUGAUGUCCGACCAUGAUCGUGAAAUGAACGGCCGAUGGGUCAAAGGGUUGAAAAAACGACAAGCACACAUGAUGGGAGCAGAAUAUCAAGGGGAGUAUUAUCAAUCCUUAGCGCACCGAGCGCAAAUCGAACCCAUUCCGAAGGUCAUGACGGAUAUGCACAUUGAUAGUGGAAGGCGAAAGAAAGAAGAUUUACAAAACUAUCGAAAUGAUGUGUACCGCAUAGUGGAUGAAGAUACGUUUGUCAAGUAUGAUAUUUCGGAAGUUGUAUGUGCAUCAAACGAGUUAACUGUAGAGAGCCACAGUAGCUAACCGAAACCCAGCGGCGCAACCAUGGCGCAACCAUCCGCGGUUCAUAUAAUUUGCGCGGAUGGUUGCGGAUGGUGAGGUGUGUAGUAAUGCACACACAUAUAUACAUAUAGAGGUAAGAAAUUAUGAAACGAUUUACGCACAAUUCAAUUGUAGAUGCAUUUAUAUUUUUGGAUGUUUCCAAUAAAACGUAUACUUUUUGAUAAUAUCUAGUAAAGCAUUCGUAGUACAUCAAGAACCAUUUUCGCAAUAUUGACUCAUACAUGUUUAAUUGUGCGUUGCUCAACGGGAUAGUUUAUCGAAAAUCAAUUUCUAAAUUUGGAAUACAUCGACUGAAUUUUGAAUGCUCUGCAAGAACAGUACGACGGUCAUCGCUCUGACCCAUUAAAUCUCGAUCAUCGUUGCGAUUUUAGCUCAUCGUCGGUGUGGGUGGUAUUUGAACCUUAAUAAAAUGUUCAUCGUCAACGAUACGAUACUCAAAAUUACGAAAAUUAACAUCCUCCUUUUUACUGUUGAUGCAAUCGGCGUGCAUUUUCGCGAGCACGGGCUUGAGUGUUUCUAUCUCGGCAAUUCGCGCAAUAUCGUCAUAGUACCGUUGCUGUAAAUCUCCAGCUAACAUGUGAGAUAGCUUCCCACUUAAACCACGCUCCUUUCGUUCCUGCUGAUCUUUCUGCCACCACUCUAGCAUUUGUUGCUUGCCCGGCAACUGUUUUUGACCGGUAAAGAAUUUCAGGCAAAAUCUUGCUUGCAGAUCCAUCAUAAGCAUAAGACAGGCGUUGAAAGGCAGCCCGUAAAGGCCAUAGUCGGUUGGUUGAUGUUGAUGCAGUGAUAAUACAAGGGACUGAUGGUGUUGUCUUCUAAAGACACGCCACAGUCCACGGAGAGAAACGGUGUCGAGUAGCGAUAACCCGUGCAGUAGAUAAUGGUGUCGAAUUCUUCCCGUGUGCCAUCCACAAAUUCUGCACCAGUUUGCGUUAGGCGCAACACUUCCGGCUUCUGUACCACUCGAUCGCCGGUAUGAACGGGAUCAUUACACCGAUGACUCAGCACAACCUUAUCGGCAUGUAGAGCAAUGGCCGGUGCUAUAUCCAUUCCACUGUGUCCUCCACCUACAACAAGCACACGCUGAUCACGAUAGUUUUCUUCACGGCGAUAAUCUUUGCUGUGCAGCUGCUGGCCUCGGAAUAUGUUCCGUCCCGGGAAAGAUGGAAUUAUUCGUGAACUGUAAUGACCAUUGCAUACCAGUACGAAAUCGAACUGAUGCAUGGCAUAUCGAUUGGCGGCAACAUCUUUCACCAGUACCUGCAAU